CUCUGCUGUGCACUUGGAGAAAAAGUGUCCAUUACAAACUUCCCUCUUCCCAGCAGUUGUGUUCAGACGAGCAAGAGGGAGAGUCUUUGGUCAUGGCGAUGUCGUCAAAUUCUUGAUGGUGCCGCUUUUAUUACAUUACUGACGGGCAAGAUCUGAAGAUGCCACAUUUUCUUGGUUCCCUCACCAUGGAAACUGUCCUCCCUAAAACCCUUCCCCUGGAUGUCUCCAGCACCAUUGCUCAGUCCACAGAGCCAAACACCAUCAGUAUUAACAUCAGCCAACAAGGAUUUCUUCGCUGCACCUACAAAGAGGACUUCAAACGUAUUCUCCUCCCUGCCAUUUACACGUUAGUCUUUCUGCUCGGACUCCCUCUUAAUGCUGCUGUCAUACUAAAAAUAUGGAGGAGGAGGCCAAGUCUCUCCCGCAACAAUAUUUACAUGCUCAACUUGGCCAUGGCUGACUUGCUGUAUGUGAUGUCACUUCCCCUGCUCAUCUACAACUACGGCAGUCAUGACUACUGGCCCUUUGGGGACUUUGCAUGCAAGCUGGUUCGAUUUCAGUUCUACAGUAAUCUUCACGGCAGUAUCCUCUUCCUCACCUGCAUCAGUGUUCACCGCUACCUUGGUAUCUGUCAUCCUCUGGCAAUGUGGCACAAGCAAGGUGGGCGCAAGCUGGCCUGGAUCAUCUGUGGAGGAGUGUGGCUGGUGGUGGCCCUCCUCUGUGCACCGACAUUUUACUUUGCCUCAACGGGAGUUCAGCGGAAUCGCACCGUUUGCUACGAUUUAAGCACGCCAAAGCAGUCUGUGAACUAUUACCCAUACGGCAUGGCUCUCACCUGCCUUGGCUUCCUGUUACCUUUUACGGGUGUGAUGGUGUGCUACUGCAGAAUGGCCCUUAUUCUGUGCCGCCCGGUGACCUGCCAAGGUGUCAACGGUCAGACGAGGGAGAAACGCGACAAGGCAGUGAAGAUGAUCAUUGUGGUUGCUGCUGUGUUUUGCGUCAGCUUUCUGCCCUUUCACCUCACCAAAACCUUAUACCUGGUGGUCCGAACCUUGCCUAGUGUGUCUUGUGAGACGAGAAACCUGUUUUCAAUUAUCUAUAAGAGCACCAGACCGUUUGCUAGUAUGAACAGCUUUCUGGAUCCCAUUCUGUUCUAUUUCACUCAGCCACAUUACCGACAGAGUACCAAAAGGUUACUUCUUAGAGUCACCACUCUCAGGGAUAAGAGUAACAGUGACUAAAAAAAAUCCCAGUUUCUAAUAUAGUUUACUCCUGACUUACUGUGAGAGGCACUGAAAAUGUGGAAAAUUGUAUACUGCUUAUGUAAUCGUGAAUUCAUGAAAUCAUCUGCCUGACUGUAUGUUACAAUGCUCAUGUCAGAGAAAGUCUGUUUAAAUAAUGCGCUAGAUUUGAACACUGGAGCCUGUGUGUGUAAAGUGUUUUAUAUUUCCCAGCAAUUGAGCACUUUGAACUUUACAUUGGUUGAUUUUUUUAUGAUGACCACUGACUGCAUGGAUUGUCAUUUUAAGUAACACUGUGUAUUACAGCAACUUUGGAUGGAGCCCACUAUGUAUAUGUAUAUGUAUAACCCAUUUAAAUACACAGACAUUCCAUCUGCUUUCUGACUGUGAAUUGUGGUGGGUAUUUUGAGGAGAGAGUUUAAGAGUAACUAUAUUGGGUCAGUAUUAGCACUAUUUUGGACUGAAUGUGUUGUUUUGCCACUAGAUGGCGCUGGUACUCCAUGUCUAAAACUGGUCUUGUUUUUGUACAGUAUUGUAAGUUUCUUCUGUUGUCACAAUGUUUAUGAAAUGAAUACUAAUGCGUUUCCUGUAUGCUAAGUAACAGAAUGUAAUCUUGAAUACUGCCUGAUAACUAACUGCAUAUCAUUUGGAAUAGAGUAACAUGGGUUAAACAUGUUUUGCUUGUUAUGAUGUUACAAGAGGCUGUUAUGAAGAAACAACAUUAAACUGUUAUUGUGAAUGUUUCAUUUGUACACUCAUGGUAAUGCCAAUUUGUUGUAUUGUAAAUAAGACCGCUGCGUGUUUACAUCAGGUGAGCCCAAAAUCCGGACUGGGGGCCAUUUGCAACCCGCUCCUCGACAUAAGUACAUAAAAUUAUACACGGUCUCUUUGUUUUCCAUAACACAAAGUUUAGAUGUUAUUAUGUUGAUAUUGAUUUUGAACAAAAGUUGAAGAAUAU